AUGACGUACUACAGAAAUCAGGAUUUGCUGCUUUCUUUUAAUCAUGGCUACCUCUGUCACCAGGAGAAGAAAAUGGAGCAAGUCCAAAAGUCAAUUCGGUUUGUUCCGCUAAUCGUGGAGGUGUCGUACCCGGACUGGCAGAUAGCUACUCUUGCUUUACUGUUGGGUGGUGCUGCCAUCAUCCUCAUAGCUUUCCUGGUUGGGUUGAUCUCUAUCUGCGUGGGAUCUCGGCGGCGGUUCUACAGGCCAGUUGCAGUCAUGCUCUUUGCUGCAGUUGUUCUUCAGGUGUGCAGCUUAGUCCUGUAUCCAAUCAAGUUCAUCGAAACGGUCAGCUUGAAAAUAUACCAUGAGUUCAACUGGGGCUAUGGCCUGGCUUGGGGUGCAACUAUAUUUUCAUUUGGGGGUGCCAUUCUUUAUUGCCUGAACCCUAAGAACUAUGAAGACUAUUACUAGAAUCAUUUAAUGAAAAGAGAAGUAACAAAAGGAUUACCCCAUCUUUUCUAACUCACAGUUUUUUUAGAACACUUGUGGAGCACCAAACAGUCUGCUCUGUUGAUAAAAUAGCCUUUGCCUUUUGGGUGUGAACACUAUAACCAGCUAUUACAACCAUUUAAAAGAACUGCAAACAGUAGGAUUGCUGAUCUUACAUAGGCAGAUGCUGCAAGCUGCUGAUACAUAAGCUUCGUUUUUCCUGACAGCAAGCAAAAGGAUCUACGUGACAGCGAUCAUUGUGAGAAAACUAGUUGGAAUGAGAAUGCAGUGCCAGCAUCUGCUAUUGCCUUCAGGGGAGCAGCUGGUACAGGCUCCGUUCAGAAGUUUCCCUGUAUCAUAGAGGAUUCACAUGUCUGAUAAGCAGGCAAUGGCAUCUUGUACAAUAGGCUGUGUCGGCCCCUUGUUACUUGCUCAAAAAAAGCUCUGAAGGAAUUAGUUGCAAGUGACGGUGUUGAGGGCAGUGAAUGUAACUGGUUAAUGAGUUGUCUAAUAUCUGCAUUCAACAGUCUUCUGGGAGAAUAAUAAAAA